AUGACGGUCGCUGAUUCCACCGCCAAUCGGUCUGUCCAUGCCAACGGCAAACUGAACGGCCAGGCAACAAGCAAGAGAAGGACGGUGAAGCAACGAGGCCUCUUUGGCUGGGCUUUUAGUUUACUUGCUAGAAUUGCUACCUGGGCUGCCAUCCUCACGAUUCUUUUUCGCUGUCCAACAUCCCUCGAAGCCUGCGAUGAAGCCUCUCCCUUCAUUUGCAAACCGUACUUUCACGUUAAGAAUGCCGCAAAACCACAUGUACAACCCUAUUUCGACCAGUACGCCGCGCCUUAUGUGGACCUUGCCAAACCAUACUACGACACCUUGAACAACCGUGUUUUGACACCGACACGCCGAUAUGUCGUUCUAUAUGGGACUCCAUGGGCCAAUAAGGGUUAUGGCAUUGCUCGUGCUCAGUGGGAGAUGAAUGGCCAGCCUCAACUUGUUCGUCUUCAGACCUUGACCAAGGGCCAUUACGAGAAGUCGAUAGCGCCUCACCUGGCCAAGGCAGAAGAAGCAGUUGGCCCGUACUAUAAUGCUCUCCGGAAACAUUCGCUACAGGCGUACAACGGCUAUGUACUGCCCGCCUACGAGUUUGCUCGCCCUUACUUGCUCCGUGGAUACAGUGCGGCGGCCGAAUUUACAACCACCAAGGCUCUGCCAGCUACUUCCUGGGCUUGGGGCAAGGCAAAUGCUUUCCUGGAUACUGCAGUCUGGCCCCAAUUGCGUGUUGUCUAUGUUGAAAAUGUAGAGCCACAGCUUGUCCGUAUCGGAGAGCGACUUGCCCGAUACAAGACUAAGUCUAACACUACUAAUAAGGCGUCAUCGGAUGAGGCACCUGUUAAACCGUACGUGGCUGCUAAGAUUCGAACCUAUUCUAAGUCUGCCAACGCUAACAGCGAGUGCAGGGCUAGCUCGAUAGCAUCAAUUUCAUCGUCCUUCAGCAAGCCUCCCCCGCAAAGCCCGUCUACUUCCGCUACCACGACGAAUACUGAGGAGCCAGAGGCUACUGCGGCCGAUUCAGACAAGACAGAGCCUCCACAAUACUGGAAUCCCGUCGAAGCGCCGGCUGCUACCGAAAAUGAGAGUGAACUGCGCAGAACUGCUCGAGAAAUGGUUGCUAGUGAUCUUGCGACCUGGCAAAACAAGUUUGCUUCCCAAGCCGAGGAAGGUGCUAGCGCCAUAGAAGAUCAAGUCGAACAAAUUGCUCACAGCCUUAUGGACGAAAAUGCUAGAGUGACUGGAAAGGGACUGCUUAGGCAGCUUGAGGACACCAUUGCGUUUGAAAUUGCCAGCGUAAAGCAAAAUAUUUCUAAAAUUAUAGAAUCCGGCAUUGCGGAUGCUCACCAAGAGGCAAUAUCCGCUGUUCGAUCAGCUGGGGUGGCCAUUAAGAAGAAAGCGCAGCUGAUCCGAGGAUGGCGUGAAGAUUACGAUACCGAGCUCCAGGAAGCCGUGCUAAGUGCCGCAGAUGUUCAUUUUCAAAUUCUCGAUGAAACACGCAACCUGGCCCUGACAAACAUAGGUAUGAAGUGGGCUUGGACCGAUGGUGUUACCUACAAGGACUGGCAGAAGUACCAUGAGCUGAAAGGUGCCCUCAACGAUUGGACUGAAGAAUUGAAGCAGCUCAUUGUUACGCACCCGACGCUCCUCGAAGCCCAGGAGCUUUCUCACCAAAUUGAGGAUGAUGGUAUGACCAUGGCCUCGGCGGCCGCUAAGGAGUUGGUUCGGUUAAAAGAGGUGUCAAACUGGAAGAUUCUUGCUCAUGAUUUCACUGAAAACUUUGAUUCUGAGGAAAUGCGCCUUGCUGCUGAGCACGCGGCAGCAAUAGCAGCCGCCGCCACAAAAGAGGAAACCGAGAUACAAGAGGCCACGGAGCAAAGCCAAGCGGAACGUGUUCCCAACGAUGAUACUCUGCGGGAGAAUGUGGAUGAGCCAAAUGAUCACGAGCCGGCCCAGGCAAGUGUCGAAGGACUCACUGCGGAUGCUGAAACACCAACCCUUGAGCCACGCGAGGAGCCAAUUGUCCUACCUGCAGAGGAUGCCGCAAUCACUAUCGCUGCUGCCGAUAACCAGGAGCCGCUAGCUGAGUCCGAAGAAAGUUUAAUACUAUCAGGUGAAGCCGCUGCUGAUACGCAUGCGACGUCAACUGAGGUCCCGGAUUUUGCUGCGGAUGAAUUCGCUACCACUGAGGAAGAUGGGGAAACUGCUACACCCGCCGUGGAGGAUCAACACACUCCUGUAAGCCCGGCCAUGUUUGGAGCAGCCGCCCAGUCGGUUGCGGACCGCCACCCAAUUCUGGAUGACGACACAGAUUCUAAUGCCUUUGCCAGUGUAACGAGUGCGGCCCAAGCAGCUUAUUCUAGUGCCGUGGCCCUUGCUGCUGAUCGUUACUCCAGUGCUUUCUCUGUUGUCUCCGCACAAGUGGAGGGUACAUCCAGGCCAGUACAUGAGCAACUAUUCUCGUCUGUUUCCGCCGUUUAUGAUGGUGCUGUCUCUGCAGCUAGCAAGAAGUUCAACGACGCCGUUGCGGCCGCAUCUUCUGGUGUUUAUAACACCGCUCCCACACCAACCAAAAGCAGCAAUCUUCCCGACUGGAAAAAAGUCGAAUCGAUUGCGGCCCAGCGACUGAGUGAGGGGAAGUUGUGGGCAGAGAUUCAAUACCAGAGUAUACUGAUUGCCCUCCAGCUGGCUACUCCUACUCCGACCUCGCCUUCUGAGAAGUAUUACGAGCAGGCCAAGUAUCACUAUUACGCAGGGUUGGGAAUGGCGCAAGAUAGGUAUUCAAGCUUCAUGGCCGCAGCCUCGUCAGCGUGGUCGUCAGUGACGGCUACGGCUACGGCUACACCUACGCCAACGGACUUUGUGGGAUCUGCCUCUUCAAUGGCUUCGGUUGCGGGAAAGUCGGCGAGAUCUGCAGUCGGUGCGGCCGAUGAUGCCGUUAAAUCUGCCUAUACAGCCGCCAGCCAGGGAGUCAUGUCGGCUGCUCAGGAUGCGGAGGACGCCAUUCAUCAAGUAGCAGAUGCCGCCGCGGAGCAAGUCGUCAAUGUUGCGGGCGCAGUUGCGGACACAUGGGACGUUGUUGUCUCUGAACUGAGCAUCGAAGUUUAUGGCCAGCCCACGGCUAUCGGGUGGUAUGAAGGUGCAACGAAGACGGCUGGGUCUGCUGUCACGGCGGCCACCGAGGCGGUCGCUGCGGCCGCAGCUCAGCGUUAUAAUGCCAUCAACAAAAUGGUAUCCGAGCUGGUGAUUGGAAAAGAGCCCACAUUUAGCGAGAGUGUCAUGUCAAGGCUCAGCGCCAUUUAUUCUACGGCAACGUCCAAUGUCGGCAGCGUGGCCAGCGAAGCCAGUGCUGCGGCUUCAUCAGCAGGCGACAAGGUUGGAAGCGCAGCUAGUCGGGCGACCGAGGCCGUCAAAGGAUCUGCUCAACAAGUACGAGACGAGUUGUGA